GAGGGAGGACAGCUUGACCAGUUGAAUUUCUGCCUGAGACACCACUGUUCAAAGGCACAGGGAGCCCUGCUCUGGGGGCAUAUAGUUAAGCAGCAAAACAGAAGUCGGCUCGCUGUUGUUGGGGGGAAAUGCAGCUCCAAUCUCUCGCGUAAGCCGAGGCUUGGCGACGCUUCGGAGAGGAAGGCGGCGGAGGGAGGAAGGGCGGGCCCUCCUUUGGCCGCGUGUCUGGAGGUGGAAAGGAGCGACGCCCGACGGGCAACUUUCGGUUCAGUCCUGCGCCGGGAGCAGCUGCAGCCGCUCUGCUCUUUGCUUCGUGGGCCAUGGCUCAGCCGGAGAAAGUACUGCAGGCCAAGAUAGUAAUGGCCGGGGACUCCUACGUGGGGAAAAGCUCGAUCCUGAGGCGAUACACCGAGCCCUGCCCAACCAAGCCGUCUCCGCCCCCUUCCUAUAUCACCACCGUCGGCAUUGAUUUCGAGGUAAAAACCAUUUCAGUAAAUGAUACAGCAAUGAAACUACAGAUAUGGGACACUGCUGGUCAGGAGCGAUUCCAUACAUUUACUACUAGUUUCUUCCGUGGAGCACAUGGAUUCGUUCUUGUCUAUGAUAUCACAAGUACAGAAAGCUUUCAAGGAAUUUCACACUGGAUGAAAGAUAUAAAUGAGAAAACAGAUGAAAACGUGGAGGUAAUACUGCUGGGUAAUAAGUGUGAUAAGGAGACCGAACGUGUCAUUCCAAAAAACAGAGGGAAAAAGCUUGCUUGGGAAUAUGGAAUACCCUUUUUUGAGACCAGUGCUAAGGACAAUAUUAACAUUGAAGAUGCCUUUUUAGUGCUAGCUAAAGAAAUAUUGAACAAGAAUUCCUGUGCAUCCCUUGACUUAGAUGUAGUGGACCUAUAUGAAAAAACACGAAAGAGAAGUUGCUGCAAGCUGUGAUGAGCAGUUUUGUAUUCUUUCUGAUCACGUUAUCUAUUUUGUACAUACCAACACUUGAACUUGAAUAUUUUGUUCUCCCUUCAAUGAUAUACAAAAUACCCAGUUGUUACUGGUAUUAACAAAGCAACAGCACUGCCUGUCCACUAACAUUUUAUUUAACUGCCUGUUACAAAUGUUCAAAAUAAACAAAACUAUGAUUUGCACAGGAGGACUGUAAAGUAUUAUGCAAAUACAAGCAUAAGAAGUA